AUGGAGAACUCCACUGAGGUUGUGUCUUUUGUGCUGUCUGCUUAUGGUGAUAUUGGAAACUUAAAGUACCUGUAUUUCAGCAUAAUGCUAUUAUGGUACAUCUCUGUUUGUGUGUCAAACACAAUUCUUGUUGUGGUCAUAUAUGUGGACAGAGGAUUGCAUGAGCCGAUGUAUUUAUUAUUAGGUAAUUUGUUUAUGAAUGAAAUAUAUGUAACCACAUCACUAUAUCCUCUUCUGCUCUCACAGAUGUUGUCAGAUACACAUGAAGUGACGUUGUCAUGGUGUUUUCUGCAGAUGUGUUGUUUCUACAUAUUUGGUUGUGUCCAGUUAUGCAGUUUCACAGCUAUGGCCUAUGACAGAUAUGUCUGUAUCUGUUAUCCUUUACAAUACAAUGUUGUUAUGAGCACAGAGAGAGUAGGUAAGAUCAUUCUGCUCGUUUGGAUUUAUUCAUUUACUAGCUAUAUGUUCUCAUUUUCAUUUGUCAUCCCUUUGACCUUUUGUGGAAAUGUCAUUGACAAAGUGUUUUGUCACCAACAGUCAGUAAUUAAACUUGCAUGUUCAGUCUCAGCACUUACCAGCAUAUCUGACCUGAUUUUUGGCUUUAUGUGUGUGAUUCUCCCAUUUUGUCUCAUUUCAGUCUCUUACAUGAAGAUUUUGUGGGUUUGUCUAAAUGUGUCAAAAGAAAGCAAACAAAAAGUCAUAACAACCUGCACACCUCAGAUUGUAUCAUUGUCAAACAUUUUUGUCUACGCCACUUUUCAAUUUGUGGGGUCAUUCCUGGAUAUUCGCUAUUUACCAGAAGUGCGUGUUAUUUUAUCCAUAUAUAUCCAUAUACUUCAACCAAUGAUCACCCCUUUUAUGUACGGACUUUACCUGCCCAAAAUAAGACAAUCAUGUAAAAGACUUCUGUUUGAUAGAAAAUAAAU